AUGGUGUUGAACAAACUGCUUUACAGCAAAGUGAUCCGAGGCUGCCAAUUGGCCCUCUCCAUCGUGUGCUUGGGGCUUGGCGCGAAGCUUGUGGACGAAUUCCUGUGGGACUACAAUAACCUCGUUGUCGCCACGCUGGUGAUCUCGUUGGUGUGGCUCGUCGUCGUGUGCUUGCCCCAGUGGGUACCGUCGUUGUUGGUGGUUUUUGGUCGAGUUGGCGUCACUGCCAUCGGCGAAUUUGUCGUCAUGGUGCUUUGGUUGGCGCUGUUUGGGGUGAUGGCGGACCAGUUUGGGUCGGCCAGCUGCUCUCGGUUCUACACGACGUUUUGUGAGGUUGGUAAAGCCGCCAUUGCCAUGACCAUCGUCCAAUGGCUUCUCUUCGUGGCGUCGUUUGUGCUUUUCAUCAUGUUUUCCGUUGUCCCUGUCGUUCGUAAUGCCGGUGCCGGUGCGUCGUUUAAUCGCCAAUUCGACUACUAUUUCGGUAGUAUCUUUGUCAGAGACGUCCCCUUGGCCUCCACCGUGCAAGUGGACCCCGAGAACCCCGAGAACCCCGUGGCUGUGGAAUCGCUGAUCUCCGCUGACGGCAAACAGGCGUCGUUGGUGGAACCUACGAUCGAUAAGAUCCCUGACCCUGAACCUCAACCUACCAACUAA